UCGCCAGGCACCGCAGCGAUGGGAGGUGGAACGACGCUGGUCUGUGGCAGCGGCGGAGGCGGCGGCGGUGGCCGGCCGCCCCCCAGGGCCGACAGGAGCGCCGCCGACGUCAGGAUGCCGCCUACGGGAAGACGCCGUGCGAUGCGCUACAUUCUGCGUCGGUCCACCGAUGCCCCUCAGCUGAGCAGUCUGCAGUCGCUGGACGGUGACCUGGGCUGUGGCCGGGAACAGGACGCGGAGCCGCCGGCGCCGCCGACCAAACCCAGUUUUUCCACAUGGAGUCGGCUGGUGGGCCACAAGUGGAGCCAGCUGCGACGGGCAGACUCUCGCGACCGGCUGACCGCCGCCGAGUCGGCCCGACACUCGGUCACCGACUCGUUCGCGCUGACGGCUCCGCGCAGGAAACCGCCCCCGUCCGGGCGAUCCGCGGCGACCUCCGGCGGUCAGCGCAGCUCCAGUCGAGACAGCAGUCUGGAGCGGGGCAAACUCGACCGCGUCGAGUCACUCAAGAAUCUGUUCCUGCGAGCUCGGGAGCCGCGAGCACGCACUGGGCGGGAGCGUUCGGCGGCGACGACAGCGACGAACAUGCAGCGCUGCUGCUCGACCUCUCUUCUGUCGACGUACGUACCGGCUGAGGACCCCAGCGAUGACCUGGACCUGGGUAAGAGACGGGAGCAGCGGCGCUCCAGCGGCGGCAGCGGCGGCGGCGGGGUGAGUCUGCGGGAGGCCGGCCGCUCUGCCUCGCUGGGCGGCGGCGCGCUGACGGCCCUGCCCGAGGAGGCGGGCUCCACGCCCGUCCCUGUGGUGGUCAGCACCCUGGAGCGGCCGCGGCGCCGGCCCUCGGCGCGACAGGAGGCCGGCUGGCGCACCCGCAGCCUCUGGCCCGGACAGAUGGACGGCCCCACGGCUGAUGACGACGGUGACAGUGACAGCGGCAUCCUGAACGAGCACUCGGACGGCAGCUCGACACACGACUCCGAGUCGGGCAGCCUGACGUCUCAGCGCACCGACUCGGGCGCCUCGUGCGAGGGCGGCGGACUGGGUAGCCUGGGUGGCCGCCGGGAGCGGGCUGUGGUCGAGGAGGACACCGCUCCCGGGCGGCGCCGCUCGGCCGGCUGGGGCGCCCAUACGCCGGAGUCGCGGCCGGACCGUCUGCCGCCGCGGCCGCCCGUCUGGAUGGGAGCAGAUGAGGAGGGUGACGCCACGAGCGGCGCGCUACCGCCGGCGCCGCGCCGCUCCACCGGCGGCAGCGGCAGUGGCACGCCGCCCACCCGACCGCGCCGGCUGGCCGUGCUCGACGGCCGCCGCUACCGACGCGCCUCAUCGAUGGACGGAGGGGGCCUGGGGCGGCGGCGGCUGGCGGCCUACCCGCCGGCGCCGGCGUCCCGCUCGCCGUCGCCGCCGCCGGCCGGACCGCAGUUCCACCUGCUGCGUAUCGCCGCCGCCGACGGCGAGCCGCUCGGAGUGGACAUCGCCGAGGAUCCGACCGGGGAGGAGGACGGCGACUUCAUCGUCACUGGCAUCGAGCCCGGCGGCCUGGCCGACAGGGACGGCCGGCUGCGCUGCGGUGACGGCCUGCUGAACGCCAACGGUCACCGGCUGCGCGGCCUGCCCGCCGCCGAGGCUGCUGACCUGCUGCGCGGCGUCUCCGGCCGGCUGGAGCUGGUGCUGAGCCGGCGGCCCGCCUCCCCCGACCAGCGGUACGUGACGGUGGUCUCCACCUGCGGUCAGCUGGUGCUGGACGCCGCUGGACCCGGCUGGACGCCGCAGGAGCCGGCCGGCCGGCGCAGCGAUCCCAGCCAGCGGGCCCGCACACUGGGCGCCGGAUACCGGCGGCGGCAGCGGCACCGACGCGACUCCGACUCCGACUCCGUGGGGCGGAGACAGACGGAGCCCGAGUCACCGCCGCCGGCCGGCCCUGGGUCCGUGGCAGACCCGCCAGACAGCCCCGACACGGGCGGCACCACCUGCAACGCCAGCACCAGCACCAGCCCCAGAAUCAGCACCAGCACCAGCCCCAGCAGCGGCCUGUGCACGCUGCCGCGUCGGCCCCGUUCGCUGCAGCUCAGUCUGCGCACAGUCAUCUUCGAGAAGGGCCGCGGCAGGAAGAGCCUGGGCUUCAGCGUGGUCGGCGGCACGGAUUCACCGCGCGGCAACAUGGGCAUCUUCGUGAAGACGGUGCUGCCCAACGGCCAGGCGGCCGAGGAGAAUAAACUGCAGGAAGGCGAUGAAAUCUUCUCUGUGAACGGCGAGCCGCUGCGGGGCUGCUCGCACGCCGAGGCCAUCGCACUCUUCAAGAAGACAAAGACGGGUCUGGUGGUGCUGCAAGUCGGUCGGCGGGUCCGAAAGGGGGUCGGGUCCUCCAAGUCCAAGUCGUGUGACGAGCUCGACCGUCUGGGCUAGCGUCCGUCGGCGUCACCCUAUCUACGUCAUCCGCUGGUCGGCUCCGUGAAGCGAGGAGGGAGCUCUAGCCAUUGUCACUGGCCUGGUCUGCUCGGUCAGAAUCGCUCCGAGAAACAUUGGGAGUGUGGACAAAGAGGUGCCUCCAUUGAAGCGAUAAUGAGUCGGUGUUGGCUGUCAGUGAGAAAUCAACAAUGCGCAGUGCGCGGGUACGUCAGUGUAUAGCCGGUCGCGAUGCUGGCAGUUUUAGCAAUUAGCUAGCUUUGUUUUAUCGAGACGUUAGUGUAGUUAGUAAGCGUACUUUUAUGUAGACGUAGGCAAAGUCUAUGUGGCGUUGAUCGCAGCUUAUUGAGACGUCUGUGCAUUGUAUCAAAACGUCAGCUGAGUGUGACGUCAGUGCGGGUCAGUGUUUUAUCGGGCAUGGACUGCUGGCUGCGUGGGGUGAUAUUACUGUGAGCUCCCGCCUACCUUCGCUCGCCGGUUGUUGCUUUUUUGUGUCUGUGUGAGCAGGUAGAGCAGGUAGGGAGGGUAGAGCGGAGGGUGCGCGAGGUUAGAGUCGCUCUCUGGCCUCGGAUCUCAGAGGGAAGCUGGGGGGGGGGGGGGGGGGGGGGCCGUGCGGGCCUCUGCGGGCUGAGCGAGGACUGUAUGUCUGUGUGCUGUCUAGUCGACUGCGCUUGGCUUGUGUUGACGCGCUAUGUAUGUAAUAUGUAUGCCCCGGGCACCUCGGGUCGGGGUGCUGCGGAGGUCACCUCUAUUUACCGCCCUUUCACCAGCCAGCUUUUGCGUGAAAGUAAUAAAAAUCGCUGUUUUA